AUGCAGAAGAAUCCUGAUCUGAACUUCUUCCAAGAGAUGGAUGCAGAGGACCAGCUUUCUGAUGCUAUCUACCAAUUUAAUAAAAACCCAAAGAAAGGAAUUGUUGAUUUAUGCAGGUAUUAUCAUAUCGAAAAUACUCCACAGUUAGUUGGGCAUCUUCUCUUUGGCAGUGACAACCUCUCUGCAAUCAAAGUCGGAGAAUACCUUACCGCAUCUGGAAAUGAAAAAGCUCUUGACGCAUAUUUUGAUCAUUUCGACCUUGGCUGCAAUGUUGUUACAGCUCUACGUCGUUCGUUUUGCGAGCAAUUUCAUGUACCACCUGAUUCGGAAAAGAUUGACGCUGCAAUUCAAGCAUGCUCAAGAAUUUACUUCAAACAAAACCCUCAUAAAUUUCAAAAUGUUGAAGAAGUUUACUCGGUGAUGUACUCUGUAAUCCUCCUUAACAGUGAUAUUAAUAAUCCUAAGAACCCACGGCCAAUGACAACAAGCCAAUUUAUCUCAAACAUUAGAACUAUCAUUAAACCUGAACAAUUAUCAGAUACUCAGCUAAAAGCACUUUACAAUGACGUUAAGUCAAAUCCCCUUACGUUUUCCUCGGAAGCUUCUGGUAAUUUUCUUGAAUUAUCUGCACCAACUUUCAAAGGAAACCUUAGAAAGAAAACAGACAACUGGAAAAGCUUUUGGACUGAGCAUUUCUUCGUGUUAGCGAACUCCUGUUUGUAUUAUUUCCAAAGUGAUCUUCCUAUCUACAAAGAUCAUCCACUUGGAUGCAUACAGAUUUUCGGUCUUACAGUUUGCAAAGGUCCCUUCCCGAGGACAAUCAUAUUAGAGUCAAAUUCAGGCAUCAGAUUCAAUAAAUUUAAAAAGCACGGGCCUGUACAAAUUUUAGGUGUUAAAAAGCUUUUCCUUGAAGCACCUAGUGACAGAAUGUUCCAGAGAUGGCUCUAUCGCCUUCAAACUUCUGCAAAUGGAGAACAACCAACGAAUCCACCACAUAAAACAGAUGUUCCCUCGGAUGUUUUCGAAGGAAUCGAAAAUGCCAGACAAUUUGCAAAGCUUUCUUCAACAGGAGCCAUUAAUCAGAUUGCUUCAGAAUUAUCUUCAACAGAUGACACUAAAGUCAAUCCGCCAGUACAAGCUCCAUCAAAUAACGUCAGAAUUACAUCAUUUGGAGCACAACCACGCGAAGAUGCGCCAACAAAUCGCAGAAAACGUGCUGCUACCCUUAUGGAGAAGACUACAAUCGAAACAGAAGAAAUGAUGAACAUUUCAAACCUUCCUAAGCCUUCAGAGAUUGAAAAUGUCAUUGAUCCUGACGAUGAUUUUUCUUAUAUAAAACAUGACACUUUUCGUCGUAAAUCUCACAAUCUUGAUUUCAUUACAAAACAGCUCAAGGCACAGAAUUUGGAGCGCCUUCAAAAGAGGAUGGAGAAGAGAGCUAAAGAGCUUGAAGAAUACGAAGAAACACUGAGAAUGUGGCAAAGAAAGAGAAAAGAACUGAAAUUAAAGAUGCAGAAUAUGACUCCUGAAGAAAGAGCUCAAUAUAUAGCUGAAAGGGAUGCUAGAAGGCAAGUCAAGAUACAAUCACUCAUUCAAAAUUAA